AUGGAGCCGCCGCCGCUGCCCCGCCGCGCCUUCCUCGUCGCCACAACCGAGAUCCCGCCCUUCACCGAGCUCACGUGGUCGUACGGCGUGCACUACCCUCGCCCGUGGCUGUCUCGGCCGCCGCCGAGCGCUCGAGGCAAGCGCGUGAGGGAGGUGAACAGCGACGACGACUCGCCCAAGCCGCCGAGCCUCCCCAAGUUCCAAAAGUGCAACAAGUGGAACAAGACGGCGGGCUGGAUCGGCUGCAGCCGCCGCCUCGGGCACAGCGGCCCGUGCAGCACCACAGUCGCUGGAAGGCGGCCGCGCGCCCUCAGCGCAAAAGUGCAAGAGGGGGAGGCGGGGGCGGACCCGGAGAAGGGCUGCUUUUGCGGGACGGACCGGCACCUGCCGUCAAGCGGCCUCGUGUUCGCCGGGUUCUGGGUGCAUUGCGAGCUCUGCGGCCGGUGGUGCCACGGCGAGUGCGCAGGCAUGACGCAGCACCAGGCGGACGCAGUGCGGUGGCCGGAUGGCAAGUGGUACGGGGGCGUGGUUGGCGCGCCGCCCAAGAACGAAGCUCUGCUCAUGGAGGGGGCGCUCUACAUCGAGUACGACGACGGCGCGACAUGCUACGACACGCUGCAGGGCUGGCCGUGGAGGCGGGAGCGCGACGCCGCAGCGGCGAGCCGGAGCCAGCUAGGGAGCCAGGUCUCGAGCGGCGAGGUGCCGCGCUCCGCGCCGCGCUACGACUACGACAGGGACGGGCCGCGCCCUUGCAAGCGCUGCAUCCGAUUCGGCCGCGGCUCCAAGAGCGCGGAGGCGUGCAAGGGCCACCACGGCAACUCGAGGCGGCGGGACGAGGCCACGGCGGAGGACGUGCCCAUCUACGAGCACCCCCGGUCCGACGCGCUGAUGUACGCGGCCAUGAACCUCAGCCUGUAG